CAUUUUCUGCUUGUAUCAUUGCCACUUCUAGCCGUACAUUGUGCGGAUACAACACUGUUCACCUUCACCUGCACCACUAAACAGAAGAACAUACAAGUUUGUCAUUCUUCCACACUCAACAACUACAACAACAUCUACGACAGUGAGUUCACUUUAUUUGCGCCGGUGACGAAAAUGAACCCGGGAUCGGACUCACAAUAGAAGGACACCACUAUACACUGAUAAAGAUUCAAGAUAUUCAUCGCAAAAUUCAGUGAUUCCAUCUUGUAUUUGAAGAGGUGUGAUAUUAACGGCCAUUGAACAACAGAUAUCCCGAAUGACAGACGUCAUGAAAGUAGUACAAGGUCUCUUAAGGAAUGGAUUGAUUCAUUUUAUUACAAGACAGAAGUAAGAGAGAUCGUUUACUAGUAUGCCUAUUAUAGUAAGACUUUCUUCCAGUCUUUCAACCUCGAGCAUUAAAAAUAGCAUAUAACGGAGAGAAUACUUAUCAGGAGGACUCAUGUGGAAGGAGAUUAAGUACUUAACAUACAUAUCAGAACAUAUACAUCAGAAAUCUUACAUUUGUUUACACCUAGUAAGAUAUUAAGCAUAUAGUUAUAGUCUUGAAUUAACUCAUCAGACACACCUACUGAUGAGAUGUCUUACAAUUGGGAUAUAGGUGUAUUUCAUCAUUUAUCUCAGUUUAAGAUACACCACUAGAAAGACGGUUUACGAAUGUGACAUUUCCUGAUUUUCUGAUUCAUAAAAAGGCAACCCGAAAAUAUGGACCUAAUAAAGUACGAUAUAUGUGGCAAAGGAUUCGAUCUGAAAUCAUAUACUAACCGACAUUUGGUUGCACUUACCAACGAAAAACCUUACAAGUGCGAUUUCUGUGAUAAGAAAUUUAAACUAUUAUCAUUUCUCAAGAAACAUGAAAUCGGACAUACUGGAGAAAAGACCCACAUAUGCGAUAUCUGUGGUAAAGGAUUUGGUCUUAAAUCAGAUCUCAGCCAUCAUCGGGUAGAUCAUAUUGGUGAGAAACCUUACAAAUGUGGUGUUUGUGGUAGGGGAUUCGGUCGGAAAUCAGCUCUGUACUUACAUCGGAAGGCCCAUACAAGAGAGAAACAUUACAAAUGCGAUAUUUGUGAUAAAGAAUAUAGACGAUCAUAUGAUCUAAAAUAUCACAAAAUAACACAUACUAGAGAAAAACCAUUCACAUGCGAUAUUUGUGGUGAAGGAUUUCGUAGGAAAUCUAAUCUCUACCGACAUCGGACAACACAUACCGGAGAGAAACCUUACAAAUGCGAUGUUUGUGGAAAGGGAUUUAGUUACGUUUAUUUACUAAAGCGACAUAACAUGACACAUACUGGAGAGAAACCAAAUACUUGCGAUGUUUGUGGUAAGAGAUUUAGUCAGCCAUUUUCCCUUAAACAACAUUUGAUAACACAUACUAGAGAUAACUCUUUACAAUGGAAUACUGAUAGCAAAGGAUUAGGCCAGAAAAUAGGUCCAAAGGGACAUAAGAUAACCCAAAGCAGAGAAAAACUUCACAAAUGUGAUAUUUGUGGUAAGGCAUUUAGUUACGUUUAUUUACUCAAGAGCCAUAAAAUCGCACAUACUGGAGAGAAACCUUACACAUGUGAUGUAUGUGGAAAGGUAUUCAGUGAGACAAGUUAUUUAAGUCGACAUCUGAUAACUCAUACUGGAGAGAAAUCUUACAAAUGUGAUGUUUGUGGUAAGGCAUUUCCUAACUCAUAUUUACUUAAGCGACAUCAAAUAACACAUACCGGAGAGAAACCCCACACAUGUGAUAUUUGUGGUAAGGGAUUUUUUCAGGCAUCUCAUCUUAAACGACAUCGGGUUACACAUACGGGAGAAAAACCUUAUACUUGUGAUGUUUGUGGUAAGGGAUUCAGUCAUGCAUGCUAUGUUAGUCAACAUCGGAAGAUACAUACGGGAGAAAAACCUUAUACUUGUGAUGUUUGCGGUAAGGGAUUUAGACGAUCAUAUCAUCUGAAAACACAUAAAAUAACACAUACUGGAGAGAAACCUCACACAUGCGAUAUUUGUGGUAAGGGAUUUUGUCAGGCAUCUCAUCUCAAACGACAUCGGGUUACACAUACGGGAGAAAAACCUUAUACUUGUGAUGUUUGUGGUAAGGGAUUUAGACGAUCAUAUCAUCUGAAAACACAUAAAAUAACACAUACUGGAGAGAAACCCUACAAAUGUGAUAUUUGCGGAAGUGGAUUCGGUCAGACUUCAACUCUUAACCGACAUCGGAUAGCACAUGCCACACAUAAUUCUAUCAAAUGUGAUGUCUGUGGUGAAGAAUUCAGUCAACCAUCAGCUUGUAAAAGACAUAAAACAACACAUACCGGGGGCAUGUGUAAUAAGGCAACUUAUGACACGGCAGUUACAACGGAUCAGAUCAACUGUAGUGGUGAUAAGGUUAAAUCAGUGUCCCUACAACAAAUUCCUUCAAUAUCACAAAACACUGCAAAUUACACUAAACAAAACUUUGAAAUGAGUGAUGAAACUUGUGUUGAAGAACCUGUCAGUGUUUGUAAGACUACCUGUACUAGCGAGAAAAUCGGCGUUAUGGAGACUGUCAAUAUUAAUGAGACUGUCAGUGCAAGCAAGAAUGUCAGUGUAAGAGAGACAACUAAAGUAAACGCUACUGCCAUUUGCAGUAUUGACACACGUGAUAGCGGUACCACCAGUACUAGUGUUGCUGGGGCUUAUGAUGUAGGUACUGAUAUAUAUGUAGGAUACAUACACGUACGAUAGUAAUGUAAUGUAUCCCGGAAUGAAGAUCAUAAAGACGGAGGAAGGUGUUCCGGUGAUUACGUAUAGCGUUGAGAAUAUGGUACAGCAUUACUAUGGAAUACAGACUGGAAGGUGAAUAAGGAUGAAUACAAUUUAUAAUUUUCAUGGUGUAAGGUGGCUGAAAACGAAUAACGAUAAAUGCUGGUAACUGGGUAGUGUGUAGAACACUAUAAAACACCAUUUAUUCGAACAUGCAGUACUCCAGUACCAGUAUUCGACGAACUGGUGGCUUGGUCUCGGCAGAGUCCUAUUAUAUCUUAUCUUAUACAAUGAAUUUUAAAAAGCAUCAUUCCGAAAGGAUAAAAUGAGAUGUCAGUUUUUGCACCCGUAAUAGAUAACCGAAUCAGUGAAAUAAUAUUCCUCGAUAACACCCUGGUCGUACUUAUCAUAGAUUUUAAUGUUCAUUAUGUUAUCACUAUGUAUCACUAUGUUAAUGAUUUUGAUCGGAGAAUUGUCUAAUGUGAACGACGAGACAAAUGGAAGUUGUCCAUUUGAGGUAUGUAGGGCCUUAAUUUUUGUAGAUUCGAAUAAAAUCAAUGAUUUAUUUGUCGAAUAGAAAAGAGGGGUAUCAUCUACGAAAGAUAACUGUAAAUGUUGGCAAAUAAGCGUAUAAUGCAAGUUUUAGAAGAAUAAAGGAACCUUAUGUGGUUAAAACAUAUUGCACAACAUAACUUUGCUGUUACCAUCGUAAUCUGUACCUUAUUGAGGCAGAUCAUGCCAAUUUUGAUCAGAUAUUUGUCACUAUGGAUGAAACACAGGUUCAUUAUUUGACCCUAGAUACCAAACAACAAUCGAAUCAUUAGAAGCACCCUUGCUCUCCUCCGCCAAUGAAGGCAAAGACUAUUCCAUCAGCUGGGAUGGCAAUUGCCUCGGUGUUUUUUUUUGUUUUUUUUUUAUUGUUU